UCCUUCUCGUUGCUGUGCCUCCUCCGGACUCGCCGCCUCCACAGUCUCCUUCUCCGCCGCUUCUCCUCUUUGCAGCCCACUGAGCCAUGUCGAUGCCCGGCGACGACCGCGUCGAGGAGGUGCUCGAGGACGGCCCCGCCCGUUACGCCGCCUACGCCAACCGGCUGCGCACGCUGCUCGUGGCGUCGAGCCGCUACGUGGCAUACUCUUCCGACAUUGGCGAGGCCUUCCGCCCUCUGACCUCUCCCGCCUUUGUGCGCGGUGCCUAUGCCGUCUCCUGGCUCUACCUGACUGGCGACGUCGGCUACGCGGGCUACAAGGCGCACCAGCAGUGGGCCGCCGGCGCUCCCGCCGGCGAGGCCGCGUCCGCAAAGGCCUUCAACGCGCUGCCGGAGAGCGAGAAGACGGAGCUGCGCCGGCGCGCCAUCGCCUCGGGCGACAAACCGCCGGCAGAGGGCACGCUGGAGGAAAACUCGCAGCAGCAUGGAGAGUUUGGACACGUGGGCCUCGUCAUGGCCCGUCGUGCCGUGUUCCAGAGCAUCGCCUCCAUGGCACUGCCAGCAUUCACCAUCCACAGCAUCGUGCGCUACUCGGCCCCGCUCUUUGCCAAGUCUGCCUCGCAGCGCGUGCGCGCCUCGGGCCCUACGGUGGCCGGUCUUGCCUUUGUUCCCGCUCUGCCGUACCUCUUCGAUCACCCCGUCGAGAAGGUCGUCGACACCGUCUUCGACCGCAUCGAGGAGACGUUCAUGGGCAAGGGCAAGAACCCGAUCCUCGCCGCCAAGGAGGCGCUGCACGACGGCAAGGAGAAGCUGCAGGAGGGCGCCGAGAAGGCCAAGCAUGAGGGCGCACGCCUGCGCGACGAGGCGAGCGAGAAGUUCGACGCGGCCAAGGCGCGCGUGCAGCAGGGCGCUGAUGAGGCCAAGGCACGCAUGCAGCAGGGCGCCGAUGAGGCGCAGAAGCAGGCGAGCAAGGGUGGCGAGGAGGCCAAGAGCCGCCUGGAGAUGCUCCGGCAAAAGGCCAGCCAGCUGAAGGAUGGCGCGGCGGACAAGCUCAAGACGGAGUGAACGCGCGUGCGGAGAGCGAUAGAGGUAACCGGUGCUCCUUCUUGUUUACACGAAUGCGGCGCCCUCACUUAAUGCAAUGGAUGGAGCUGUAGCCGUU